CGCCCUACUCAUUCAUCAAUACAAGUCUGCAAAUCGCGAGUAUGGAUCGUGGUGUCGGUAUCAGUACAGCUCCAAAGGUUCAGGUCCUUCCGAAGUCUAGUCUAAACGAUGAGGAUCUUCACAUCAAGGCAGUUGGUCUAAGACCGUAUCAGCGUGUCACCCUCAAGGCUCACGUCUUCACAGAAUCGGGAAGACGUCGGUUCGAAUCUCAUGCCCAUUACCUGGCAGAUGACAAAGGAACAGUGGAAGUUGAGAGGGCACCAUCACUCGGUGGUAGUUACCAGGGUAUCGAACCUAUGGGGUUGCUUUGGAGCUUAGAACCAGCACCGGAGAUUGCUCACAAGAGACCUCGUCUGGUCAAGCGCAACAUCCAGAAGCCUUUCAUCUACACCUUCCAGCUGGUAGAUGAUGUAGAGAAUAUAGUGAUGCAUUCCACUUCGGUUGAGAGAUGGUAUCUAGCCAGCUAUGUGGAACGGCAUCUGGUACAACACGGGAUUGCAGAUGGGUACUUGUAUAUUCCGAAAAAGAAGGGUUCCUCCGAUCCGAUGCCGGUGAUUCUUGAUAUCAGGGGUGCUGUUCCUUUCUUAGUAGAAGACAGACCCUCCUUGAUGGCAUCUCAUGGCUUUGCUGUCUUCUCCAUCGACUACUUCCGCAAGAUGAGUGCUGAUUGGGACUUCUUCGGUGACAUACCCAAAUACUUCGAUCUCAAGAUAUUUCUGGACCUCUUCGAUUUCAUAGCAAACCAUCCUCGUCUUGAUAGCAGUCGAGUUGGGAUUGUCUCUUCGUGCCUCGGGAGUGUCCUGGCGCUGCAAGCUGCAGCCAGACUGAAGAUGAUACCCAUUCGAUGUGUAGCGGCUACUGGAUGUUUGGACAUUCUCUCGUAUAUACAGCGUUGGUAUCAGGUUACCAGACGGAACAACGGUAGACCCUUACAGAUGAAGGAGCGGAUAGAGAGAGUCGGUAAGGGUCAUCUCUUAGAAACAAUUCAUCUAGAGGGCGCUGGUCAUUACAUUGAUGCUCCAUAUCUUCCACUAUGUCUACAAACCAUUGUAGGGGGAGAACCUCGUCUCCAUGCCUACGCGCUCAACAAGGCUUGGCGGAAGACAAUCAACUGGUUCCGAAGCAAACUGAACGUCACUGAAACGUACAGGGUAGACUGGCUAGAUUCACCAAACCACUUUGUAUCGUCAAGAAUGUAGUGUUGCUCCGUCGUAUUCUCUAUCUCUCUGUCUCUCUCAUCCCUCCUAUCUUCCCAUCCUCCCUCUCUCUUUCCCAGCCUCCUCCCUCAUUUUUCUUAUCUGUUUAUCUCAGAAUGUAUACCGGUAGCUGUAUAGAUCUUGUACUCUAAAAGAACAGCCUCUGCACAUGAAGUAAAGAAAUUGAAGAGUCUUGCAUCUGCUAAAUAUAUGUGUAUUUGAUUUAGACAUUAUAAAACAUUAUUACAGAAUAGUACGGUAUACAAUGGUUCAUUUGGCCUGGUCAAGGAAUUCACAUCAUUAAUGAGGUCAUUGCUUUGGCAUACUUAUAGCAGGGGUCAAAUAUCGUAUGGCAAGGACAAGUUAUAAUUAUUACCUACAUAGCCAUUCCCCUUUGUAACAUCAAAUGGGAAAAAAGGAAUUACUUGUUAAUACAUUGUGUACCAUUCCAUAUAAACAUGGAUUUCUUAGAAUUUAAGUCAUAAAACACAACUUAUGAUUAAAAAUUGAUGUGCAAAAAGUAUUCAUUGUUUGUGUUCCCAUGAUUAUCAUUUUAGUAUUUUAUAUGAACUUACUGUGUUAAAUGUCAUGCUUGCGUAAAGCAAAUUUUCAAAAUUGUUGGACAAUGAAUGUAAUUAUCAGUAAUCAAUCCGGCAGGAAAGUUUAAUAAAAAUUUAAUGAAAAA